AUGGGAGGCCAGAUAACCAGAAACACUUUAUAUGACCUGGGGGGUCCAUUUCCAACUUCAUCUCAGUGCUGCCCCCCUAAGGCUGCUCGUUGUGUGGUACUGCAGCAGCAGUGUAGUGGUUUGGCUGCAUUCCCACUGCUCUUCCAUCCCAGCACCAAAGGCUCUCAGAUAGUGAUGGAUCGUAACCAGCGCAGUGUGAGGAGACAGGCCAGCUUCUGCAAUGCCAUCACCUUCAGCAACAGACCGGUCGCCCUCUACGAACAAGUUCGCCUGAAGGUCACUAAGAAACAGUGUUGCUGGAGUGGGGCACUGCGUGUGGGUUUCACCACCAAAGACCCAUCCCGAAUGAGCCCAGACUUACUGCCGAAAUACGCCUGCCCAGACCUGGUCUCUCAGAGCGGCUUCUGGGCUAAAGCCCUACCUGAGGAAAUCUCUAAUGAAGGCAGCGUCAUCGCGUUCUGGCUGGACAAGAAAGGUCGAGUGUUCUACCGGGUCAACGAGAGCAGCCCGCUGCUGUUCUUCAGCGGCGUACCCACAGCAGAACCAGUCUGGGCGCUGAUUGACGUAUACGGGCUGACCCGUGGGGUCCAGUUACUCGACAGUGAGAUGGUUCCCGCUGAUUGCUCGCGUCCACGUUCUUUACGUCAUAAUAUGGAUGAUUGGCGGCUGUCAGUCAGCCUCUGUGAGCUCCGCCUACGGGACGAGCAACUUUCCUCUAGCUCGUACACUAUUCCCCAGAAUUCCUUAAAUUCCCAUCAUUCCUCAGUACUGCCUACUCAUCUUCAUUGUGAUCUCCACUUCCACCAUGUCCACGGCAACAGCAUUUACCUUCUGAACGAGCACACUGCAUGUCGUCAUAGCAACAGACCUGAGGACUGCACCCUGGCAUUCACACAACGCCCGCUGCGAUAUGGAGAGUGUGUCUUUAUAAAGAUCAUUAUGAGGGCACCAACUCCCAUCAGACAUACUUCACUUACCUAUGGAGUGACCUCUUGUAACCCCUCCCACCUCCACUCCAGUGACCUGCCAGUCAAUCCCAAUGACCUGUUGGACCGCAGAGAGUUCUGGGCCGUUAGCCGUGUGUCUACGCCCCUUCAGGGUGGGGAUAUACUCGGUUUCCGUGUAACUGCUGAGGGGGAUGUACUGUUGAGCCAUAAUGGCAGCAGUGCAACCAGACAACUGUGUGUGGACAACUCCAGACCACUGUGGAUAUUCUUCAAUUCAGACCCUGCCAUCGCUCAACUCGUUAUACUGGGGACAACACAUAGCUACCCUGCCAACCUACCAGACUCCCCCAGUUUACCAUCAUGUCGCACAUCUUGGGUUGACGAGUGCACCAUCUGCUGUGAGAAUGAAGUGGACACGGUGCUGUAUGCGUGUGGACACAUGUGCCUGUGUUACGCCUGUGGCCUGAGGUUAAAGAGAAUGACAAACGCUUGCUGUCCCAUCUGCAGGAGAGCCAUUAAAGACAUCAUCAAAACGUACCGGAGCACGUAA